CCCUCAGAGGGAUCCCGACCGCUGCCGGCGCCGCGGUCUCCCGCUGCCGGGCCAAGGCUCAUCCGACUGCCCGGUCCCGGAUCCAGGCUUCAUGCGCCGCGGGCUCUGAACCCGUGCGUGCAUCUGAGAGCGCGGCCGGAGGUCCAGGCCCGGCGGAGACAUGGGGAAAUUUCAGUCCAAGCAGGCCGCAGCAGCUUGCAAGCGGAGGGAGAGCCCCGAAGGGGACAGUUUCGUGGUGUCUGCGUAUGCGAGCGGCCACAAAGGCACUGAAGAGAACGAACGGCGCGCGGGCGGCGGUGUGGAACAUCGCGCACGGGACAAGCAGGAGCUGCCCAAUGGGGACCCUAAGGAGGGGCCUUUCUGGGAGGACAAGGGUUCUCUAGAAGUUGUGCUGCCCCCUGAGAAGUCUGAGGGCCAUGAGGGACAGCUCUUCAGCAUGGAUGACGGGGAGAAGGCAGCAAGCCAUGAGGGCCCACUAAGAGUCAGCAAGAAGCACUUGAACAUCGAUGCCCUCCAGUGUGAUGUCUCAGUGGAAGAAGACAACCGCCAAGAGUGGACAUUCACACUCUAUGACUUUGACAACAGUGGGAAAGUCACCAGAGAGGACAUGUCCAGCCUGAUGCACACAAUCUAUGAGGUUGUUGACGCCUCUGUCAAUCACGCCUCGGGCAGCAGCAAGACCCUCCGAGUGAAGCUAACUGUGAGUCCUGAGCCCUCCAGCAAGAAGAAGGAAUGUUCUCCCACUGGUCAAGACCGGGAGCCCACUCGUGGCAGAACAGAGAGUGAGCUCACGGAGGAUCCCCGAGUGGCUGACAGAAGGCUGUCUGCCUACAGCAGGAAACCCAAUGCUGAGUCCCAGCUCUGCCCUGUGCGAGUACCCUACUGUGUGGAUGAGAAUACAGAGCGUAGAAACCACUACCUAGACCUCGCUGGCAUCGAGAACUACACAUCUAAGUUUGGUCCUGGGUCACCACCUGAGCAGGCCAGGCAAGAACAUCAUGGCAGGGCCACGCAUAUCCCAAGCAGAUCCCGAUCACAGGAGUCGGAUGCCCACGCUAUACAUCACCGCAGAUCCCAGGUCCUGGCUGACCACGUCGUACCAACUAACGAGCCUGCUAUGCGGGCCCUGGCUGUGCAGCCCCGGCUCAAAGGGCAGGAGAAGCAGUUCCUCAGGUCUCCCAAGGGUCCAGGAAAACCUCUUGGGACACCAGGCAGCAGCAAGCCAGGGAAAACGCUCAGCUAUUGCCUACAGGCCAUCCCACUGCCCCAGGGCGCUCAGGACGGCCACCACCUCCCACAGCCCCCACCACAGCCCCCACCGCAGCCUUAUGGUCACAAGCGGUACCGGCAGAAGGGCAGAGAAGGCCAUUCACCACUCAAGGGACAUGGUCAGCCUACCAUGGUGGAACAUGAAGUGGUACGGGACCUGCCUCCCAUGCUGGGGCCUGAGGGCUACGUGGUGCCUGUGGUCCAGAGGCACGAACACCACCAUCACCAUGAACACCACCACCACCAUCACCACCACCACUUCCACCCAUCCUAGCACCCAAACAAGUACUCUGCCCACACGCCCUCAGGGACACACAGCAGGUGCUGACGUGUGCCCAGUAGAGAGUACAGCAUUCCCUGGCCCGAUACCCAGCCGCAGAUGUCAAGUGGGCACCGGGGAGAUGGCACCAGGCUGGGUAUCAUGGACAAAACCUUCCUUCUCCAUGCCAUCUGGGUACCAGAACAUUUGACGCAGCUGAUAAUUCCCACGAACGGGUGCUCCCGUGUGAUCCAGAAGCCCACACGAGGACAGAAAAACAUCUGCUCUUACUUUUGCUGCGGUGUGGUCCUGGGAUGUUCGAGGGACCGUGCCUAGACAUUCUUCAUAUCUGUGUGGUUCUUUCAACUUUGGGUACCCCGGAUUGUUCCUGGCACAAGGCCAGGAGUGAAUGGAAAUGGUAAAGCUUUCCAUGAGGUUUAUUUGUUGUCAGGUCAGCUUGGGCUUGGGAAGAGGUCCUUCAGUGUGCCAUGAUGUCAGGCAAAGCAAAACAAAGAGGUUGGAGUAUCGGCAAAUGUGCAGGGGGCAGGCUGGGUGAUAUGCAGCAGGCAGCAUGAGGCUUGGUCUCCAGGGCUUCCAGCAUCCUGGGUGGGAUGGAUCAGUACCAUGCUGGAGGUCAUCACCUAGGCUGUGCUCAUUCUUGUAUCAUAGCCAAGUGACACUUAAGUGUCCCUUCUACAAGGGUGUGGGAACCUCAAUAAGCCCUGGUCUUUUGGCUCCACUGAGACUGGACACUGAAGGGGACUUUUUACCUGUUGAGUUUGUGCAGGUGGCAUUAUGCCUUCUAGCAUAAGAAAUUGUACAUUCUGUAUUAAAUACCUUACAUUAAAACAGGCUUUUCUGA